AUGCGCACUUCCCUCCACGAUGCGCCCAGCAUGGCUGACCAGCUGCCCUCCAUCAACUUCGGCUUCGACGAUCUGCGCAGUCGCAUGAACCAAUUCACACAACGAUUCGACGAGUUCAUAGAGAAGGGCAGGAAGAGGGUGCUAGAGGAGCGGAAUCAGUUCCGCAUGAACGUUGCUGAGAUUCAAGAGGACCAGCGCAUGAAGAAGCGAGACAUCGAAAUCCUCACCCUCCAACAACAACAACAUUCACAAACACUUGCGAAGGAAUCGCUCGAAACCUCCGAAAUGCACGCCUCCAUAAGUACUCUCACAGCGCAGCGCGACAGUCUCCUCACACAUCGCGAUGCACUCAAGUCGCAGAUUGCCGAAGUCCAAAAGGCUAUAGCCGCGAGACGGGAAGCCCAGCUUAAGCACAGGAGGUACUUAGAUGGGCAGUCGCGCUACAACGAGCCGGAGCUGGAGUUCUGGGAGAACUAUCUGGGGCUUAGAAUAGAGGGAAUAGGAAAGGAGGAUCGCCUGAAGUUCGUGUAUACCAACGUGUGCGAGAGAGAAUGGGAGAGGGAGGCUUGGUUCGAGCUGGACACGAGCGAUCGGGACUACAAGGUACUCGAAGUUCGGCCGAAGGUUGACAGAGAGGAGGUGGACAGGGUUCUGGAAAGGUUGAACGAAUCCCGAGAUCUUGCAGCGUUUCUAAAGGGUAUGAGGGAACUGUUUGUAGAAGCCAUGAAGUAG